AUGAAAUAUCCAUCUGCCGCUACUUUCGCGGAGGACGGCAUGCACGAUGAGGUGGCCAUUACCAAGGAGCUUUUCUUGUUGGUGAUCCAGGACAGAAAAGUUCAGCAACUGAUGGAUGACCUCGAUCUGCCGCCGGAUCGCGCCAACCUAUUCGAGAUGUUGGAUGCCGAUGGUAGUGGGACCUUACAGACCACGGAGCUGCUGCAGGGCCUGUUGAAGAUCCGCGGAGAGGUGAACAAGAGCGACACGGUAGCAUCACUCUUAGCCACCAAGGCGGUUCAAAACUUGGUCAGCGACGUGAAGGACCAGAACUCUCAGCUGCUCGAGGCCCUGAGGCGGAGCAGCUCCCAGCUCGCUGGCCUUCAGAAAGAGCUAAAAGCAAUGGGCCGAGAUGACCGGGACGGUGGCAGAAAACCACGGGAUCCUUCUUUGGACCGGUCCCGGGCUCCGUGCCCCUCCCCAGGCUCUGGCAUCUCCAGCAAGCUCCUAAACGUUCAGGUGCCGGGACGUCCCGGGAGCCAGACGGCAUCUUUUGAGCUGCCUUCGCUGGAUGCAGCGUUCUUGCCGAUUCGAAGCUCAAUGGAGGUGUGCAAGCGGGCAAUGGAACUGGCAUCUGUGGAUUUUGUGCAGCUAACCACCGGUGCGGCAAAACUGGAGAGGAAGGCAGAAGCCGUCGCGGGAUCUAUGGCCAGCUUAUUGGAGGGCCGGCCGUCCGAACAAGUCAAGGCACAGGUCAGCGAGUGGCAGGCCCUGUGCAAAGACCUCCUGCUUGACAUGGAACAGGUUGGCGAUUCCGUCAAGGUGGACGGCCUUCCCAAGGGCAUCGCCGACAAGGUUUGGAUGCAGAAGCAAGCGGAGAUUCGUGGAGCAUCAAGGAAGAAGCAAGAAGAGGCUGUCGAGGAAAAGCCGAAGGAGAAGACGAGCAAGAAGUCCGCAAAGCAGAAUGCAGUGACUGCGAAGAAGCAAGAGCUGAAGAUCGAGAAGGAGAUGCAGGACCAAGCACUGAGAAAGAAGCAAAUCAUGCUGGGCAUUGAGAUGUUAUGGUCCCAGCUGCCAGAGAACGAGGUAGCAGCUGACGCUGUCUCCAGCCACGGCUCCAGCAUGGUUUCGAGCCCUGCGGGCCCUGCGAGCCCUGCGGGAGCAGGGCCCAGCCGAGCCGCACGCCCAACGCUGCAGACGCAGAAGUCCAAGAACCAGCUGAACACAGUCAGCCCGCUGGAGCGGAUUUUGCAGCACCAUCGGGCCGACAUCGCAGCGGGCCACGAACGGCGGAACUCCUUGAUCAAGCAGAUAGAAGAGCUGCAGCAGAAGCUCGAAGAGCUUUCCCCAGAAGCUCAAGAAGUCCUGAAGAAAGCCGAGCAAGGCAUCGCAGAGCGCAAGGCAGCGCAGGCUGCCAACAGGGCUCUAUCGCCUUCAGGUUCCGCCCCAACUUCGCCCGGGGCGAAGUCUAAGCCCGCAGAACGGCGGGUCACACAGUCUCGCGACAGUAUCCUGCAGGUGGGCGCGAACGGAGCCGAAGAGGAUGACGGUGUUCUGAGCGAUGACUCCGAUCCCGACGAGGCUCCCGAGCCGAUGCGCUUGGACCCCUGGAUGCUGGCCUUUCCCACGGACAGCCCCGAGCUCGGGAAGAAGAAGUGGGAGUUCUGCAAGGCGAAUCGUAUCAAGCCUCACCGCCUGCACGACGCCAGCCGGCACAAAAAGUACAUCUUCGCGCUUCGGCGGAUGAUGAAGCAGUGCAAGCGAACCCUGGCGCUAAAGCAGAAGCUCUUGAUGAAGUUUCUGAGUGGCGACGCGCUGCAGAAGUUCAAGGUGCAGAUGCAAAAGAGCCCACAAGAGCUGGAAGCAGAGGUGGACCAUGAAGGGAGGAAGUUGAAAGAACGGGAUGCCAUGAUCGCGAAGCUACUCACCUUCUGGCAUCGACGAAUGCAACAGUUGGAGGACGAGAAGGAAGCGGAGCGAGAGACUUUCCGCUUCAAGGUCAAAGCCCUUCUGGAAGACAUUCAGAGCCUCGCGAAGGUGUUGGAGGAUGCGGCGCUGACGAAGAAAAGGAGGAGACGUGUUGAUGCCGACGAUCUUCUGACCCUGCGGCAGCAGAAGGCUGCCGCAGCUGCAGCCGAAGCGAUGCGCCCGAGGAUGUCACGUGCCGGGGAGGGCUCCAGUGACAUCGCGCGCUUCCAAGCGAUGAUGUCGCAACGCUCGGCGGCGCGCCGGGCAUCUGCCGAGCAAGAGGAGCUUAGCUUCCUUGGUAUCGCCGGUCGUGGAGCAGGUAAAGCCGCAAACACGACUGCACGGAAUGUGAGGAAGCAGUUGGCGCAGCAUCGCAAAUCCUUCGAAGAGAAUGCGGAAAAGGCCGACCAGCAGCCGGGCCCCAAGGUUGACGCCCAGGAGGGCGACGUGGGUGCAUCCUCGGAGGGAUUCGUGCUGAUGAGAAGGCGGAAGAACAGUCUCAAGGAGCCACCAGUGCAGACACUCUCCUCCUUGCCCAUGCUGGCAGGCCUCCAGAAAGUGGAGGGGGCGAGACACCGCUCUAGCGUUGCAGGCACUCGCAUGUUUGGACGGCCAUCGUCAAGGAUGAGAGGAACUGCCAAAAGGAAAUCGAGCGUGGCGAGAAAGGACUCCAUCUUCGAGAACCCUGCCGCAAUGUCCAGGCGCUUGACAGAUGACUCGGCACGGAGCGCUGCCUUAGCGCAGGUGCUGCAGAUGGCACAGGCCUCAGAUGCGGCAUCAGCAGACGACGAAGCCAGCAAGGUUAUGCAGGCCGCCAGUGAGAGGAUUCGACGCAAAAGCGAGGAAGAGGCGCUUCUCAAGACCCAGUUGGCAGGCGUGCUGGGACAACAGGCCGUCGCGCCAAAGCCUCUGCAAGCUCCCACGGAUUUACCAGGUUCGGUGUCGUUUCACGGGCAUGCUUUUGGCCGCCGUGCUUCGCAACGCCCUGGGACUCGGAAGCAUGAGGAUGGGGAAAGCAAGCGCCGCAAGGACUCGGAGACUCCGACGCCCUUCGUCCUGGGAUUGCUGGGAGGCAUUGACAACAAGUCCGUUGCGUACUGCAAAGUCUGCCACGGUGGAAGCUCUGUUGAUGAAGAUACAGACUCAUUGAAGUACGACAUCCUAGUAUUUUGCAUUGGCAGCUUCUUUUUCGUUCCACCAACUCCCGGCUUCGUUUUGCCAGACAAGAAGGACCCCAGUGGCCGGAUGACCCAGCUUCUCGCCCUGAAGGAAGCUUCGUGUACGCGACUAUUGAAGAUCUUGAAGCACUCAUCGCUGCCGCAGAGAAAUCCAAGCACGGCGUGCUUGGAGGUAGUCUCUUGGGCCUGGAGCCUGGAGGCUUCAAAGGCAGUGUAUGAUGUUGAGAUGGAAAGCCACGUCGUGGAGAUGGCCCCGUACCAGCUCAACGAGGAAGCUGAGAAAGCCUUUCGGAUAAGCAGCUUUGGCGUCCAUGUGCACAGUGGAGCCAAGAUCCAAGAGAUGAAGAAGCACGUGGCUGUGGUCUUGAGGUCGGUGGACGAGGCGGCGUCAAGGUGGAUCCAAGCUUGUGCUCUGUGGACCCUAGGACUUGACCAAGCAGAGGCAUUGGUCAAGAACCUUGUAGAUGGCGCAGGCAGUGCCAGCUGCGAGAAGAGUGACUUGAGCACCACGCCGAAGCUCUUGGGAGUUGAUGUUGCGCCCUUCGGUUCCGAUGAGAGCUUUAGGUUCAAGCGCAAGUUCGACGGCAAGGACCCAGCAGUGCCCUGGCCGAAGGAUUAUCCAAAGCUGCUGCAGAUCUGCAAGAAGGGCUAUGAAGUGGCCAACGAUGGUGGAGACGGCACAGGCAUUGCUGAGCACGAUGUAAUCUGCAGCUGUUUGGAUGUCACCAACCAUCAAGGCUCCUGCACUCCAGUGGGCGAGGUGCCAAAGGUUAAAGGUGUUAUCAGUGAGCUUUUCAACAUUUUCUGCCUCAAGGAGAUCAAGACCUUCGAAAAGACCAUUGAGAAGGUUGCCGUGGGCGGCAACACUAGUGAGCUGGACAAGACGCCAACGAUCGAUGUCCUGGCCAACAUUCAGAAAACUGGCACCUACUCCGUGAUCCCCCGGUGCGCCGGUGGUGACAUCACGCCCAGUGAGCUUAUAGCCACUGACACCGAAAACCUUGCAGAACCGCUACAGAUGGCUGCGCUUGGCUGCCUGCGAGAAUGUGCUGAGGCACAGGACAAGGGUGCAGGCUGCAUCGCCACGAACACUUUUACAAUCUUUAUCUUUGCGGCGAUGGCGGAGCCGAGCGUCGCCACGCACAGCUCUUGGCUUCCUCGAUCGAUGAGGUCAUCAUUGACGACCGCCUGGGCAUCUGCAAAAGACCUGGAGGGGCUGAUGCGGCGCACUGUGGAGGCAUACAAGUGCGAGUGGAAGGAGGUUGUCUGCGAAGGGGAAUUGCAGAAGAAAUUCCAACAGUUUGUGAACACCAACGAGACCCAGGACACGGAGCAGCUGCAGUAUGUCAACAUGCGGAAGCAGCGCCAUCCAGCCACCUACGACCUACGACUCACCAGACAUCAGGGGUGCAGCUGCUUUGUCCAAGAACCUGUGCCCUUUCAAGCAAGAGCGAGUGAUCUCUCGCGGCUUGGUGGUUGCGCAAUCACAGUGGCUGAUCCGGCGUACAAGACAGUCUAUGACUUGAAGAGGAUGUGGCAUCACCAGUGCAGCACUUGCGGCAGAUGGCAGGGUGGAGUGAAACUGCCAGCGCUGGAGGAGUACGCUCGCAAGGCCGUCGAGGAGGCCGGCGCGAAGGCUGCUAAGGUCAUGGGCAAGUCCAAGCCUUUCGAUGCCAACGGCACGCAUGCCGAAGUCUGGUCAGUCUACGCCUCCUACUGGCAAGACUCGCUCGGCUUCGCGAAUUUACCAGGGGCGGCCCUCGGCGGCAGUGGGGGUCCCAGCGCAGACGUUGGCUUGAUGCCACGAGCCAAGAGCAGCAACGACAAGGAGGUGAGGUUAGGCAUGAAAGAAUGGCUCAGUUUCUUGGAGUUCACGGCGCUCUCGAGGGAGCGUGGCGGAACUGGCGUGCACAGGAACGAAGUAUCAGAGGAGGAGAUGCGGGCAGACCUGUUCUUGAAGGCCACCUACCUUCAUCUUGGAGCCUUCAGGCAGCACUACCUACACCCAAGCCUGAAGGGCCAGAGGCCUUCGCUGAGCGAUGCCAUCAUGGGUGAGAACGGCGAGGUACUCUUCCGCAGCUUGAUCUCUCAGAUCGUCGAUUUGCCAUCGGAGAUGCUUCGGCGAGCUGUGCGCCACUUCAUCAACACGGAGCGUGCUCGCUGCCUCUUCAUCGUGAAGAACUCGCUCAUCCACCAAGCGCGAUUGGAGCUCGAGGCCAGCCAAAGAACCAUCUCCAUCCUGGAGUCGGACCCAGACGAAGUGGAGAGGCAGAUGAAAGAAGGAGGGCCGUUGUUUCCUGCACUGAAGAAGGCAAAGGAAAGCUCGGCGACUGCGAAGGACACCAAGCCGUCGCCCUCGCCGUCGGAGCCAUCCAGCGACUCCAGCAGUGACGAGGAGCCGGAGAAGCCCGCAGGGGGCAUCUCGCCCUCUACCCAGGCCCAGGCGGUGCAUCGAGCUUCGAUACGUGGCAAACUGCGCCGUGCUGGAGUGCACAGUUUCAUGGCUUUCGCGGAAGGCUUGCAUCAACUUAACAGGCGGCCAACUCGCGACCAUGCGAUGCCUGGCGCUUCCGACGAAAUGGAAGCGCCAAUGCUGCAGAUCCGUCUCUCGGACUCUUUGGAGCUUGCACAUGUGAGUUUUUAUAGGGCUUAUCCAAAAGAUUGA